AUGAAGCUUUCAAUUUUAUUACUUCUUGUUGCUAUCAUCGGCUUUGCUGCAAGCACGAAUUCGACUUGGGGCGAAAUUGGACCUCGCGAUAUUGUAAUUCAUCACAGCAUCAUCCGUCGAAAGUCUUCAUCAUUCAUGCGAAUUGUGACUGAAGAUGUCAGAUUUCCACUUCCCGACGAAACGAACAACAGAACGAUUUCCGCAAUUCUUGUCAUUGAUCAACUUCCUAAGAGCAAAGCCUACGCUCAAAUUUUUGAAGGUGGAGUGAAUUUUAAUCAUACUUUAAUUCACUUCAAAUCAGAGCGAGGAAAAAGUUUCAACUUCGUUCUGGAAAUUUAUGGACGACCAUAA